CUUUUUCCCAAUUUACUCCCCUCAUUUUCACCAAUUUUUCACCACCCCCUUCCUUAAUUAGUGGUAACAGGAGUCGCUUUUAUUUUUGAAUCCUUUACGUUUUACCAAAUCGUAGGAGAAACGGCUCGGAUAUUAGUGGAGUUCCUUGAAGUGGCAAUUACCUCCAUCGUUUUCCUCAAAGGGUUCUAUCCUCCCGGGGGUUGCUGUACAUUUUACCUUAUUUAUGCACACCAACUGUUUGUGUUAAUGCGUGUGUGGGGGUUGAAAAGGAGCAUUUGAGAGGAGAAGGUAUAUGAAUGUGGUGGUGCACAAGGCGCGGCAUCCGCAACUGUCCAACUAUAUCAACUCCGCAACUAAUGGUCUUCGACCUUUCAUUCAAAAGGUCAUUCAAAUUGCAGGGGUUGGUUGAGAGGGUGGUCGUCAUCUUCUACGACAAGGAGCGCAUACCUGUUGAGCGGUUCGUGUUCAAACUUACGGUGAACCAAUCAUACAGCUCCAAGGUAGAGGAGGAGAACCUUGAGUUUGCUCUGAGGGCUUUCCUGGUUAAGCUUACUGUUGCUGAACCCCUCACUAAACCCCUCCCAUCUGGUAGUAGUUGGGAGAUCACCGCAUAUUUCCAUGCGCUUCCUUCGGAGAGCACUGAGGAAGCGCAGUUGUGGAUUCCGACGGACACGAAGCAGUGGAUGCAGCCUCCGCAGAUAACUCCUAUCAAGUCGAUGAGCAGCGAUCCUUUACGAGUUCAGCUCUAUUUGGAACACCCCAGCCCAUUGGAAUCAAUGGCUCCAGCUGAAUAGAAGCUUGUUUGAAUUCAACUUAGUAUUUUCUACUCCUCUGUGUGUGUGUGUGUGUGUAUACAUAUAUCGUUUUGAAUCACCUUUUUUUGUGCUAGCUAUUGUCAAAUGGAUUAGUAGGAUUUGGUAUAUAUUGGGGAAGAGCUCUUUUUCUUCCACCACUAGUGCGUCGUCUUCUAUCACUUUUAAAGAUCAAACUUGUGAUCAUUCUUUCCUUGCACAUUUUGUUAAUCGAAAACAAAUACCUUUUCUAUUCCUUUGUAUGUUGGUUUGGAUCAUCUUUUUUCUCUGGAACAAGAUUAGUAA